AUCUUGUGAAACUAUCUGAGUCCCACAGAGUAACCUUAUUUCACUCCUACAAGCCAGAGCAGGAAGAGGUAUUUCCACACGUCCCAUUUAGGCCAGCUGCCUCCAAUUCUCUCCUCAGAUUCGUCCCUCGACUUGGGGUACCGGAGGGCUCCCCAUGGAUCUGCCUUAUUACCAUGGCCCUCUGUCCAAGCGAGACUGUGAGACCCUGCUGCUCAAGGAAAGAGUGGAUGGCAACUAUCUGCUAAGAGACAGCGAGUCUAUGCCCGGAGUCCUGUGCCUCUGUGUCUCGUUUAAAAAUUUUGUCUACACGUACCGAAUCUUCAAAGAGCAACAUGGGUAUUACAACAUACAGACCGUGGAAGGUGUUAAACGAGAGAUCUUUCCAAACCUAAAGGAACUGAUCUCCAAGUUUGAAAAGCCAAAUCAAGGACUGGUGUUUCACCUUGUAAAGCCAAUAAAGAGAACCAGAUCCUCCCUGAGAUGGAGAAGAUCGACGAUAGAGUUGGAUGGUAUUUAUGAGAACAGUGGCAGUGACUAUGUGGAUGUCCUGCCUUGAAGGUAUGGAGACUGGAUGAAGCACUUAUAGAAGAGAUGGGUGACAGCUCUCGCCAGCGAUCCUGCUUCUCCUUCAGGUGUGGGUCUGGAAGACCAAACUCUAGGGGACAAUUUAGACUCUCCUGGUCUGAGUGACUGAAGAUGUUUUGUUCAUCAGCCUCAUAGAAAUCAGUCCCCUUGCCCUGCCUCCCAUGCAUACACAACAAGGAGCUUCAAAACCCCAUCACCCUCCCACUGUUCUUUCUUGGAAUACGACUGCCUGAACCUAUUCUCUUUGACUUGUUAAAGGUGCUACCAGCACAACACAGUUGACGUCUGGUCAUCUUUCGACCAGGUGACCAGAGGGGAGAGAAGAGAGUGCUGGUGUCUACUUUGGAGCCUGAGUUCCAGUCAUGACAAUGUGACUGCAGACAAACCUCUUCCUCUUUCUAGGUCUCUGUUCCUUCAUCUGAAAAACAAGUGGCUGGGCAGAGGACAGACAAUGCCCCAGCCUCCCUGCUUAGGCUGGUUGAGGCAAGUGGCGUUGGGGGGCUCCUGAGUGAUGGACCUGUAUACCGGACCUCAGACUCCCAAAACAGCCCACGCAGUCUCUGCACCUGCCCAUGCUGGUCUUGGUGAUGGGGGGAGCCCAGACCCACUCACACACCCUUCUCCCCCGAGCCUGGGUGACCCACCUCCUUUCUGAUCUCGAUCCCUUCCAAACAUUGCCCUAGAGACACUUCCUCUUUGAUUCUGCCUCAUUUCAUUUACGCACUAACCACUUCAACAGCACCAACGUGGUUCUGCAUUGUGACACAUGUGGGGAUUUUGAAGGUGUGUUUCCUGUUUCUGACUAGGCUUUAAAGUGUGGUUGAGUCUCCCCAUGAAUCCUCCACAGCACAUAGAAAUGCAUGCCGCACAAAACUGUGCCCCAUUUCGAGACAUUACUGACUAGGAGCCCAUUCCCGAAGGGUUUGUCAACCUUGGUUCUCAGGCCCUUUGUAUUUUCCUGCUAGUUCACAUUUUAAAUUAAGACCUGCUUAGUGUGGAAUGUACCACAUGCUAUGCCCAUUCUCUGAUCCAUCUUCAAACCUUAGUGAUUCAUUUCGCCCCACUGACCUUACCUUUUAAAGUUAUUAAAGAGAGGAACUUGGAAUUCUGGGAAACAAGAAUAGAUAUUGUGGUUGGAACCCCAAAGUAUGAGCCAUUCUGACUUCCUGGGUCACAGCAAACCAUAGUAGAGAAGAAGGGAACUGCAGGAGCCACAUCAGCAUCCUUCUGGUUGGCUCGGUAAGGGACACCAGAAGCAAACCUGCUCUCCAGGGUUCGGCCCCGGGCCUUUGAUUCAUUCUGCAUGGUACAAAGAAGCAUGUUCCAGUUAUCUGGGACCGCAGCAAUCCUUGGCACAGAAAACAUGGUCAGUGGCAAUUUCCUGAAUAAAUCAAUAUAUAUGAAAUGUGGUCACUCAUUCUGGACAGCAAAGAUUUGUUUGAACUCUAUAUAUCUCAAAAUCAAGUAGAACAUGAUUAUUACUUCAAAAUCUUUCCAUUAUAACUCUCAUAGAAGUGAUUUCCUUUCUUCCUGAGCAUCUAUGCAUAGCACCUUACGAGAAGCUUGAUCCCUGGUGGAAUUUCAGCCAUAUUUCUCAAAUGAGCAAGCCACAUUUAAUAGUGGUUAUGGAUGUCAUUGCAUAUUUCCCUGAAGCUUAGAAGACGCUGAACAGGUCAUAUGAAGAACAGCUGAAAGAUCUGAGUAUGUGGGACUGGAAGGGGGAAGACAAUAAACUACAGCAGCUGUUUCAAUGUUGGCAGUGCCGUUCUGUGAAAGAGGGUGAACAGAAGAUUCACUGGGUAUGAUGCCAGACAGAAGAACUCAGACCAGUGGCUGGGUGUUUACAGGAGGGCAGUUUUAGCCAAACGUAGGAAGAACUCAAUGUCGGAAGAACUCGGAGCCAACUGGAGCUAUCCUACAUUCAAACAGUCCCCUGCCUUCUGGGGUCCAAAUGAUUUAGUUAUGGAGAGUUGAAUUAAUCACAUUAUUUAACUCUUAACUCAUUAUUAUCACGAUCCAUCCAUAUAAGACACAUUCAUUUUUCUUCCCUUCAUCCCUCAUUCCCAUUCCAAUGGAACCAGCUCCGUACCAUGCCCUUGUAUGUAUGGGCUUCCCUGGGGACUCAGAUGGUAAAGAAUCAGCCUGCAAUGUUCAGGAGACCCAGGUUCAAUCCCUGGAUCAGGAAGAUCCCCUGGAGAAGGAAAUGGCUACCCACUCCAGUAUUCUUGCCUGGAGAAUUCCAUGGACAGAGGAGCCUGGCGGGCUACAGUCCAUGGGGUCACAAAGAGUCAGACAUGGCUAAGCAACUAACACUUUUUUUCACUUUACUUACAUGUAUGCACUCUUGUAGAAUGUACAGAUUUGGUUGAGACUGUAUAUCUUUUAUAUUUACAUACAUGAUAUAGUGCUAUUGAUCCAAUUCUGUUAUUACUUUUUUUUUUCACUCAAUAUUAUGAUUAGUUCUAUUCCUUACUGUUGAGUGUACACCUAACCCAGUGCCUCUAACUAAUGCAUGGCAUUCCACAGCAUGCAUCCAUCACAUUUUGUUUUCUCAUCUCUCUAGAGACAGACAUCUAAGUUGGUUCCAACUCCCUGCUACUAGGACAACACUGUAAUGAACAGCCUCUGUUUAUGGACAUGUAAGAGGCUUCCUCUGCACUAUAUGGGUGGGUCACAAAGUGUACUCAGAUUUAAUUAUGGUAUAAUCAAGCCCAUUAAGUGCAUUUUUGCUUAUGCUUUGUGAUUUUUGAUCCCUGUUUUACAAGCCCUUCCCCACUCCAAGCGUCUACUGGCCUUAUACUUUUACCUUCUACACUAAGGGUUUUAACGACGGCAGGGACUUUUGCCUUUUUCAGUGGCAUAUAUCCAGUGUUAGAAAAGUCCUUCACUCCUAGGAGAUGCUCAAUGAAUAUUUGUUGAGUAAAGGAUGAAUCUGGGGUUCACCUUUGUCCGUGGUGAGAGCUAAGAAUCCAACUUUGUAUUUUUCCAUAUAUAUUGAAGUAGUUUUCUGAUUUCUACCUGCUUAAUAAUCCAUUUUCCCUCCUCUGGUUUAUGGUUUCUUCUUUAUAGCACAACUGUUCUAAUACUCUGACUUUGUAAUUGUCUGUUAGGAUAAGCACUCAUUUUUAAAAAUCAUUUUAGCUAUUUGUGGACCUUGAUUCCUCCACAUACAUUUUAGAAUAAAUAAGUUUCUCAAAACACAAAAUUCCUUGCUGGAAUUUUGAGUAAACUUGCAGUUGGGGGAGAACUGAAAUUCUUGUGAUGUUUUCCCAUGUAUAAAAUGCUACUCUAUUUAUCCAUGCCAGCUUUUUUGCUCUUUAAUGAAAUCAUAAAUUUUCAAUGUGGAAGUAUUGUAAAUUCUGUUAGGUUAAUUCCUAUUUUUAGUUGUUAUAACUUUAAGUCAUAUAUUUUAUUACAUUUCUAAUAGACUAUGACAGCAGCAAACUGUUUAUGCUCUUGUUAGAUGUCCUGGUUUAUCUGUUGAUGCUACUGUAAAUUAAACUGUAAAUUCUAUGUAAAUGAUUUUAUCAACUACAAAUGAUAGCAUUUUGUUCUCCUUCCUUUCAACACUUAAUGUAUUUUAUUUAUUUUCUAUGUUUACUUGAUUGGCUAGGACCUCCAGUACACAUUAAAUACCAAUCAGAAUGUGAGCAUUCUUGUGUUGUUCCCAUAUUGUAAGAAAUGCUUAGUCAUUUUCUCCAUUUAUGUACAAUGUUUGUUGUAGCCUUUAAGGAGGCUACUUUAAUUUUAUCAGAAAUGUUUUGAAAUUUAUUAAGUGAUUUGCUUCUGUAUCUACAGAGAUAUCUACCACAUUCCUUUAAUCCUCAUUCCAUUAUAAAGGUAAAUUACAUUAAAUUCUUAACAUUA